GUGAGUAUACCGGAAAUGGGCAAGAAUCGUCCAUAUUAGACGUUAAAAGUUAGAACCAACUUUGCCAAAAUGUACGCUAGCUAGCUUGUUCCUCUACGUACUCUCUAAGCAGCUAGCGAGUAAGCUCGCCAUGAGCCAAGGAUUCCUCUUAGCGGCCGAACAACCAUCACAGAGGCAGGAGCAACAAGAAUUGCACGACAUCGUCCGGCAAGAGCACCAUGGGUACACCAGGCAACAAGGCGGUGGCCCGACGUUGUCCGUCUACGGCCACAAGCGCAAGAUCACUCUGAUUCCGCUCGUCUUCCUCAUCUACUUCGAGGUGGCGGGCGGCCCCUAUGGCGCCGAGAAGGCCGUCCUCGCAGCGGGGCCGCUCUUCACCCUGCUCGGCUUCCUCGUCUUCCCCUUCGCGUGGGGCGUCCCGGAGUCGCUCAUCACCGCCGAGCUCGCCGCCGCCUUCCCGGGCAACGGCGGCUUCGUCCUCUGGGCCGACCACGCCUUCGGCCCGCUCGCGGGCUUCCUCCUCGGCAUGUGGAAGUACCUCAGCAUCGUCAUCAACAUCGCCGCCUACACGGCCCUCAUCGCCGACUACCUUGGCGGAAGCGGAGUGGCCCCCGCGGUCGCGCAGCCCGGCGGGGCGCGCACGGGCGCGGUGAUCGGCAUGACGUUGUUGCUCUCCUUCGUGAACUACGCCGGCGUGAGCAUUGUCGGGUGGGGCGCCGUGGCGCUGGGGAUGGUGUCGCUGGCCCCGUUCGUGCUCAUGACGGCCAUGGCGGUGCCCAAGGUGAGGCCGAGUCGGUGGGCGUCGCAGGUGAAGGGGGACAAGGACUGGAGGCUCUUCUUCAACACGCUCUUCUGGAACCUCAACUACUGGGACUGCGCGAGCACGAUGGCCGGCGAGGUGGAGCGGCCCGAGCAGACGUUCCCGCGGGCACUGGCACUCGCCGUCGUUCUCAUCGCCGGCAGUUACCUGCUGCCGCUUAUGGCCGCGACCGGCGCCAUCGACGCGCCACCGGAUGCCUGGGUCAACGGCUACUUGGCUGACGCGGCAGGCAUCAUCGGGGGCCCAUGGCUCAAAUACUGGACAGGGGCCGGCGCAGUGAUCUCCUCCAUCGGCAUGUUCGAAGCCCAGAUGAGCAGCGGCGCAUUCCAGCUCCUUGGCAUGGCGGACUUGGGCCUGCUCCCAGCCGUCUUCUCCCGUCGCGCCGCCCGAACCGGCACCCCGUGGGUGGCUAUCGCCGUGUCAACCAUUGUCACGAUCGUUGUCUCCUUCCUCUGCUUCGACGACGUUGUCGCCACCGCUAACUUCUUGUACAGCCUCGGCACGUUACUCGAGUUCGCAUCCUUCCUCUGGCUCCGCGCCAAGCACCCAGCGAUGAAGCGCCCUUACCGCGUGCCGCUGCCAUUGCCUGCGCUUGUGGCAAUGUGUGCGGUGCCAUCUGCGUUCCUGGCCUAUGUGUGUGUGGUGGCUGGGUGGAAAGUAUUCGCCCUCGCCGGGGGGCUGACUAUGCUCGGCGUCGGAUGGCAUGGCGUCAUGAGGGUGUGCAAGGCCAAUAAGGUGCUCAGGUUCAACAACACAGUUUCUGCUGACCCUCAACAGGAUCCUGGAGAUGACUAUCAUCUGGUUCCGGGGGUGAGAAAUUAUCGGUUAGCUUAAAAGUGGUCAUGCCUCAUGUUUUUCCACAACUGAGUUGAAGCUUUGGUGAGUACUUUUUAUUGGAUGAGCUGAAUUUGGAGCUAACAAUUCCAAGUCUGUAAUACUAUCAAGUUGCAUGUAUAUCUUAGCCUUCCAGGGAGGAUAAAUGACAUUGCAACAGUUCCAAAUUCAAAAUAUGUAUGUCAUCAAACGCACAAGCUUAAGUUCUGUUCAGUUCUUGGAGUA